GCGGAAGGCAGUUUCGGAAGCCGCGUCCCCUUUCUAGAAUCCGAGGAGACCGUCCUUUUCCCGGGAGGGAGCCGCGGUGGCGACCCGGGGGAGAGGGCGAGGAAAGGAUUUUGGGGUGCGCACUGCCUCUCUUAGGAGGAGACGUUUACCCAGAAGCAGCUCCCUCUCGUUCCGCUACCAAGCCAGGCUUCCGGUCAGCGAAGGGUUUUCUCGGUCUCUGAGUGAACUUGAACAGAGGCAAAAACGAAAUGUAUUUAUUUUUCCGGAAAAUUACCCCAAAUCGAGCUUUGCAUUUUCUAGAUGUGGACGUGGAUGGAGACUCAGGACUGGAGGCUGCUAAUUGCGUUUUUCUUUUAUACUGAGAAGCCUUGGGGGCUCCCUGCCUCUGGGUAGCCUCUCUCUUUGCCUUGUUUUUUUUUUUUUUUUGUUUGUUUGUUUGUUUGUUUUUUGGGUUUUGUUUUUCCUCUCCCCCUGAGCCUCAGCACCUGCUAGAUGUUAACUUGCUCAAGGGGAGGCAGGGCUGGAGAGGGGGACCUCUGUCCUUCUGUUGAGUAGGGGGAACGCGGUGUACCCUGGGAUCCAGCUGCUGCCCACAUUCGCUGGUGACCGGCUGCUCCCAAGAUGGACAGACUUGGGAUGGCACUGUACUUUUCCUAUAUUAGAUGCCUUCAUCCUCUUGUCACGGGAACAGCGUAAUGUCUUUUAUUGGAGCGCUGGGUUGUCCCAAGUUGGGAAACCACGGCUGGGAUCAGGAGAUGGAGGACUUUUCUUUUCAAACCUCUGAAUUGCGAGGUGACCAAGCUAGAUGUGAGAGGACUGGUGGGGAGUGAAGUGCUUAGCGCAGGGGAAAGCUGGUUUCCCCACCCUGUCUGCAGCAGCCCCUACCUGAUGGCUACAAAUUCUGGAGGGCGGCAAGGGGGGCCCUCUUCCCCAAUCCCAAACAUUAGCUUGGCCCUCACACAUGGCUUGUAAAAGGUGCCCCCUGGGUCCCCGGAGCUCUGCAGAGGAGCAGCUGUGUUGGUCUGUGAGCAGGUGUGUUGUUCUACAAAGGAAGCUUGGCCAGCAGUGGGACUGGUGGGCAGAGCCUGGCAGCUCAUCUUUCCCAGGAGACGCCCUCUGGCCCCCACCUGUGGCUACAUCCCCCUGGCCUCACAUCAGCACCAUUUCCACAGCUCCUCUGGAAGAAUGCCUCUUUUUAGAGGCUGUUAGAGCCCUGUGGGGUGCUGUCCUCUGACCUGCAGCGUAUCUAGCUGAAAAUAAAGAAAACCUGAAUUAGGCAGAAGACCAGACUCCUGUCCCUUCCUUCCUGUCAGCCUAACCAGGCAGAAGUAGAUUGUGUCCACUAGUUGGUCCACAGCUGAAGCCUGAGUCUCCUGCCAGGUCACUGCAGACUGAGCACUGGGGAGUGAGUCCAAACUGGUUCAUGUAGAGUCAGCCUGAAGAGGCAGCAGAGAGCCUCAGGGCCCCAUAGAAUAGAAUCUGAGCAGAGCCUCUUGGGAAGGGAUGUUUCUUUUUGUAGAUACUCCCAGCUUGCAUUCCCAUUUGGCCCAGACCCAGUUCAGCCUUGAUAAGAUCAGCUCUCCCUACUCUCCUUCUGGGCUGUGCUGAGGUCAAGGCCAAGGACUUUGGGGUGGCUUAGUGUCUAGACUUUUUUCUUCUGUAAGGUGAUCACACCCACCAGCAGGGCAAGGCUGGGCUGGAAACAGGCCCUGUUCCUGUGGGGCGUGAGUGCGUGAACAUGGCCUUUAACUUCCUUCUCCCCAGGCCUCACGGGCCUGUUUCCACACUGCUUCUUCUAAUCUCUCCUCACUGUGGCUUUAAUAAUCGCCAUGUUGACAUUUCAUCUACAAAAUUAUCGGAAAUAUGCAGCUUUUGGAGAAUGUGGUUAGGGAGGAACUCUGCCUCCCAGUAUAGAUGUGAGAAAUAGAUGGAAGAAUAGGCUGGAUUAAUUUUGUAAGCUAUAAAAUGCAGUGCCUAUGGGUAUUUGUGACAGCCUCUCCCCGCCACCUUGCUUCUCUUUCUGCUGCUGGAAACCCUUGAGGAUGUGAGCCCUUUCUGGUGGCUUGGCAUGAGCGAGCCAGGAGGAUUCUGAAACAGGAAUACCUAAGGGGUCUUGCGCCCCCACCCAUGGCAUGAAACCCCCACCCCAGUGACUGCAGGCACAGCGUGCAGAGAGCCAGACUUGCCCAGAUUUAUUCAAAUCACUCAGAGGGAUUUGGACAACCCUCAAGGAUCUACCACUGAGUAGCAGAAACAUGUGAACAAAUGAACAAAAUAAGGUUCUAUAUAAAAGAGGUGGCCAGAGGAUGCCCGCGAGAGUCAUGACUGGCCGCUUAAAGAGUAGGUUGGACUCCAGAUGAACAGUCAAGAGGGAAACACCAGGCCCUGGGAUGGUGUCCUCUCUUUCUUUGCAGCCCAGCAUCUAGCUGGGUGCCUGGAACAACCUCUACCCAAGGUGCUGAAAAUGAAGGCCAUGUGAUCUGAUAGCUGACAUCACAAACUUGGAAUCAGAAAGCUGGAGUUUGGUCUAACAAUAGCUGUCUUCCUUCAAAUUAAUAGUCCCUCCCCUGAAACACAUUCUGCAUCUGUAUAAUGGGAUGGUAAUGAUCUUGCCCCCAUUAGUUUAUGGGAAAACCACUCAUUCGUUUGUUCAUCUGCUCAUUCAUUCAGCACACAUGAUAGUGUGUGGUACAUAAAAAUUUAUUCUUAUUUAUCUGAAUUUCAGCAGUGGAUUUGAUGGAUUUCCCCACCCCACUCAUUUGCAUUGAAUGAAGUUUUGACUUUGUUAUUAUAUUUUAUAGCAUUUUAGCCAUGUUUCUAAUUUGGAAAUUUUUCUCUGAAGUUCUGAAGUUCAAAGGUAGGGACCCUACCUAAUUUCUAUUUUCCAGACCUUGUCCCACCCAGGGGCCCAGUGUUUAGUGGGACCUUUGCUCUCUUUCAGACUCUUGUGAUAUGGGUUUCUGAUAUGAGGGCAUCAUGGCAUUGGAGGGUGACCAGUGAGCACAGCUUUCCUGGGGGGCAGGGUAGCAGGGAGCCCUGACUCAUCAGGAUCACCCAGACACAAGUCACAGUGCAGCUAACCUCCUCGCCUAGUGCUACAGAGCCACUCUGCUCCCGGCACUGGGAGGACUUCAUGGAAGAGGUGGCUUAAGCUGAGCCUUGAUGGCCUCCAAGCAUUUCAUGCCUGUGCCACAAGAUGGGGCACAGGCAUCCCUGCAAAUGGUGGAAAAGCAUGUGUGGGGACAUGAAGCAUCUGAUGCUGGCCUGGGAACACUCCCUUUGAGACUUAGCAUUCUAGAAGGAAUAGUGAAAGGAAGGUGUGGGGAGAUGUACUAACAAGGGCUUUUGAAAGCUAGUCUGAGGCACUUGAACUUGGCUACUGAGUUCUGGAGAGCCAUUGCAGGCUGCAACAUCAUUCAUUCUUGGUGGCAGUGAGAUCCCUCUCUAAACAUGCUGGGAGGGAGGGGAUAGGUUCCAGAGGACAGGUGACAGGUGCUGAGCCUGAUGGGGGAGAGGCGGGGGUUGGAGGGGCAGGAAAAGACAGGGAAGGGAUAUUCAGAAUUAGAUCCCUUGCCGCUUCAUCAUUGAGGUCCCAGGCCGAGAACCACCAGCUGCCAGUCACUGAGACUGGAGCUCUACGCUGCUGGCAUCAAGAGUGCCCAUUCUAGUCUGAGAGCCACCUGCUGGGCCCCUGUUCCUUUGUUUUCAGGGUUCUUACCCCACUGAGAAUGCACAGCUUUGAAUCCCAAAAGAGUCACAGCUCUGGCUGUGAUGACCAAGUAGCUGAGAUGCUUCGGGGGUGUUUGCAGUCAUUUCCGCCUUAUCUGUCAUUGCCUGUCCUCUCUAAACUGGGUGGGGCUGGUGGGGAAGCAGAACCAGAUGACUGAAUCCCAGUGGCCACUGGUCAGGCCUGGGCCACUUUGAACUCUUUCUCCAACCCUAAGGCCCCAAGGACAUCCUCUCCCCUCCCCUCUCCUGCUGCUGCCACACUCACAUGCUCAGUCCCUUGGCCCCCCAGCCUAGCUGAGAGGUAAGUGCCAUCUGUCCAGCCCUCCCCCUGUUCAGGAUCAGCAGCUGCUGCCUGGGGGGCCAGAUGGCAACAGAGUCACAGACUGAGGCUCAGGUUUUCUGAGUUCCCACCUGUGCUGGGCUCCUGAUUCCUCCCUGAGGCCCUAGUAGCCCCUCUGUCCUCCUUUUCCUCUCCUUCCUGGGAGGGAGCUCAGGGUUUCCCUCUCCAAACACUCCUCUGUUCUGGAGUGAUGCUUUGGCCUCUAGAAGGCUGCUGGGCAUGGACACCUUUGGCGGGUGUUCACCUUUGUCCAGCUUGAGGCUCCAUGCUCAGCCCUGGCAGCCCUCAUGACAAAAUCCAAACCUCAGGAAGGAUGGAGCCCUCAUCAUCCCCCUGCUCCCCACAAGCACUUUGCAUUGUCCAAAAUGGGAGGUGCCAUGUGGGCAUCAAGUCUUGGGGAAAGUGACCCGUAUUUACCAAGGAGGUAAGGGCCCCCAGGAGGCCAGAACUUACCCCAUGGCAGUGAGGGGAACUCUGGCUCCUGGGCACUCCUGUGCAGCAACAUUCUGGGAGCUCCCGCCCGGCAUGUUUCAGGUAGGUGCUGACACAGGCGCACCAAGCUCCUCUCAAGGAUAAGUCUUGCCCUCCAUGGAACUGGCACUAGUACGGGAAGAGAGGUACAGGCAGCUUUGUGGGCCCCAGGGGAGCUCUGGAGCGGCGGGCCUGGGUCUGCAUGCUGACCCUAGUUUUCUGACCAGCCGAGCCUCAGAGACCUUGCUCCUCUGGGAUGGGGUGGAGUAAAUGAGAUGGUACUGGUAAAGCACACAACCCAACCUAGCCCAUUAAUGCAGCAAGUACUUAAUGAACGGGGCCAUUGCAAAUUAAAGCAGUUGUUAGCAGCCAUUUCAGCAUCCAUCAGCUUCAAACUAGAAAGGAGGUGAGGCCCUCCCUAGAGAGUGGGGGCUAAGAGAAGGUGAGGGAGCCGCUUGAGAGACUUCCCCUUUGGCACAGCUGCUACAGGCCUCUCCUCUAACAUUUCCUUGUUUGCCUCUUUUGCAUCCAUGACCAGUGCUUGCCACAGUCUGCAGGUAACAGAGGUUUAAGUCUCUGAUUCAUUCCCACAGCAAUGCUGAUUGCUUCCCAUUUAACAGGCGAGGACCCUGAGACUUUGCCCCUGUGCAGUGUUUUGCCCAAGGUGGACUUGCUAUAUUGAAGGGCCUCCUGACUGAGGCUGCCGGUGGGGACAGCUGAAGGAAUGCCAGGCCCUGUGCAAACAGGCAAUGGCUCGAUGUCCCCCAGGUGAUGGCCAGUUCUGUCCAACUGACCUCAUGGUUUGACUGUGAGAUCAGCCCACCUCUCAGCCUCUGUCAGAUUCAGUCACACAAACAUUUACUGUCACUGCCCCAUGGACUGCACCUGGGAUCUGGAGGUACGGCUGUAAGUCAGGUACAAUCUGUGCCCAGGAGUGGCUGCCAGCCUCGAGAGGUGAGCAUGGUAGAAAGCUGGGGGACAAUUGACAAAAUAUAUGCACAAUUUGGCCAGCAGGCCCCUCCAUCCCCACCCAUCAUCCAGCCUAUGACAGGUGUUCUGGGCUGGGAAUCAGCUUUGCGAUGUUAAAUGUUUGGCGUGGCAGCCUGUCUUACAGGAGGCCUGGGUCCUGGCAGUCUGGCCUGGAGGUAAGGGCUGUCACCUGCUUCCACACCCAGUGCUCACCUCCUGGGACCUGGGGAGGCCCCUUGGUAGGAGGUGCUCCAGAGAAGAGUUUGGAGGUCUUGGGGAACCGGGGUGUGAGAAACCAAAUCCUGGUUGCUUAGCCCUGAUGAUCCCCACCCCCCUGCAUCCCAUCCAUCCCUACUUGCAACUUUUUUCCAAGUCCCAUGUAUAAAAUGUGUGGGAUUCACACACAUCUUGCCUUCAAAAUUCUUCAAUCCAUUGCUCACCUUUCUGCUCUGUCUCAUCAGAACCUAUCUCUCCAUAGCAGAAGUCCUUCCUGCUCCCCUUUAAUUUUAGUAGUAGAGGAUUUUUCACAGAUAGAAUCCCAAUUGUGAAAACAGAAGCCCUUUGUGGGCAGAUCUGGAAUCAUUCCCCUUCACAUAAGUACAACUCAGAAAGGGUAGCAUCUAAGCUUCAGGAGACCUUGUCAAUUUCCAUGUGUCUAAAAGACCUCAACUUGGUUAAACUACAUCCUUGUGCUCAUGCAUUGCUCUACUUCCAAGUUUUGGGCUAAGCUCCCACAAGUCUGGAUAAAUAGAACUUGAGAUUUCAUUGCCCUAAGACCCAUAGGAGAAGGUUUCUGAUGCCAGGAUUCACCCAUCAAUUUGCCCUCUUAUUCAUAGAAUACAUUCAGAAGCAAAGAUGGCUGAGCAUACACCCAGAGGUGUCGGGCUGGGGGCUGCAACUAGGAAAAUUAAUAGGGUAUGAUUGCUAAGUCAGUCACAGUCCUGUGAGGAUGAUUGAUAAGUAGAUGAACAAAUCAUCCUUGCACCAAGUACUGGGACAAGGGUCAACAUGGGCUGUGGGAAGUCAGAGGACUCUAUAUCAGUGUGUGUGGGUGGUAGUCAGGGAAAGCUUCUUGGAGGAGGUAACACCUGGGCUGAGCCUUGCAGAUAGGCAGGGAUUCACCAGACAGAGGAAGGAAAAGAUGUAAAAGGCUGUGGGGCAAAGGCACCAAAGCAGAUAGAUGCGUGCGUGUGUGCUGGGGAAGCCUGGCAAGACUGAGGUUGGAUGGGCUGGAUCUUGAAGGGGCCUAGCAUGUCGUGCUAAGGAGCUUGGAGCUUAUCCCAAAAGCCACGGGGUGCUAUUGAAAGGGGUUUUAAGCAGGAGAGCGCCAUGAUCAGAUUUGCGUGUUAGGGAGAUCACCCUGGCAGCCUCGUAGAGGAUGGAUUGGAGGGGCCAAAGCUGGAAGCAGGGAGAUCAGUCAGGAUUUCUUAGGAUUUUCACUGUGGUUUUUCAAAUCUGGCGAUGCUGGCUGGGGUGGGCUUGGCACGCACCAGCUUAGAGCGAAGAUAAAAGCUCUGGAGACUCAUCUGAAAUAGCUUCCCGACUCAGUUUAAUUCCACCUUCCGUUGCUGAUUAACCAGCCUGCCAUCCCCACCCCAGGCUCAAGCACUUGCCGACCCAUAUUCCCAGAACCUUGACCUCCCCGGUAACCUCAGAACCUGGCAGCCCUUAGUCUUGAAUCAGAGGGUCAGGCUGGUCUGGGCCCCUUUGGAUCUCUGUCCCUAGAGUGCCAUGCCACCAGAGCCCAAACAUUGUCUUUCCUCUCACACCCGGCCAGCCGGCUGGCCCUGUGCACAGAGCAGCCAUUGAGGGGCUGUGCAGCCUGGCGGGGGUCCCAGGGCACAUUAGUUAUGGGCAGUGGCUUAGUCACGCUUCUAGGAGCCUUUCUUCCUGGGACAAGCCUGUCCUUGUGCUAAGGGCAGUACUCACACAGCAGCCCUGCGCCCGGCAGCUGCAGAAACCUCUGCCAAUCCUUCACAAUACACUUCAGAGGCACCGCCAAUGAGAACCAAGCCCAGCAGGAGAGAUGAGUCCUGGGAGUGGGGGAGCAGGACUGAGGGAACAGAGAGCCCUCCUGCCUGCCCACGCCAGGUGCAUGGCCUCUGUGCAGAUUUCUGAUCCAGAAGAUGAGGGUCAGUAUUGUUCAGGAAUGGUGAAGUGUGUGCCACCAGGACAGAAGCUACAGCCACGUGAGUGAUCAGUGAUGGUGCCAGUCGAGCACCUGUCGGGGCAGGAACAGUAACCCCAGGAGAGCUCGGGCCAGAGCGGGAGCCAGGAUGCGGAGAUGAUGCCUCUGGAGGCCCUGGCCUCCUUCCCACCUGGGUGCUAGGAGCCGUCCCCGGGCUCCAGCCAGGAGCCCUGCUGCCCAGGGGCAUGGCCAAACCUUUCUUCCGACUCCAGAAGUUUCUCCGCAGAACACAGUUCCUACUCUUCUUCCUCACGGCCGCCUACUUGAUGACAGGCAGCCUGCUGCUGCUGCAGCGGGCCCGAGUGGCCCUCCCGCAGGGCCCACGGGCGCCCGGCCCCCUGCAGGCCUUACCUGUGGCCGCCAUGGCGCUGGGGGUGGGCCUUCUGGACAGCAGAGCCCUGCACAACCCCCAUGUUAGCCCAGAGCUCCUGCUUGGCGUGGACAUGCUGCGGAGCCCCCUGACCCGGACCCGGUCUGGACCCCGCUGGCUCCGGAGCCGCAACUCGGAGCUGCGUCAGCUGCGGCGCCACUGGUUCCACCACUUCACCGGUGAUCCCCAGGGACCGCCCGCCCUGGGCCCAGAGGCCCCCAGGACAGCCGCCAGCAGCCGAGGCACCUACCUCGGAUGCUUCAGUGACGAUGGCCGGGAGAGGACUCUGAGGGCCACUGUUUUCUAUGACCUGAGAAAGAUGACCGUGUCCCACUGCCUGGAUGCCUGUGCUGAGCGGUCCUACCUCUAUGCUGGCUUGGAGGCCGGUGCUGAGUGCUACUGCGGGAACCGACUCCCGGUGAUGAGCGUCGGGCCACAGGAGUGUAACCAGGAGUGCAAAGGGGAGAAGGGCUCCUUGUGUGGGGGAGUGAGCCGGCUCUCUGUGUACCGCGUGGAGGAGCUGCAGCCGGGCUCCAGGCAGCGGAGGACCGUCACAUACCGCGGGUGCUUCAGGCUGCCAGAGAACACCACGCACACCUUCCCCGAUGCCCUGAUACAGGCCAACGUGACAGUGGAGGUGUGCUCCAGGUUUUGUUCCCAGAAGGAGUUCCCCUUGGCUGUCCUCAGGGGCUGGGAGUGCUACUGUGCUUACCCCACUCCCCAGUUCAACCUGCAAGAUGCUGUGGACGGCUCGCUGUGCAGCCAGGAGCCGGAAGCUCAGAGGCUGGCGGAGUACUGUGAGGUCUACCAGACGCCCGUGCAAGAUACUCGGUGCAUAGACAGGAGGUUUCUGCCCACCAAAUCCAAAGUGUUUGUGGCAUUGUCAAGCUUCCCUGGAGCCGGGAACACCUGGGCACGCCACCUCAUUGAGCACGCCACUGGCUUCUAUACCGGGAGCUACUAUUUUGACGGGACGCUCUACAACAAAGGGUUUAAGGGCGAGAAGGACCACUGGCGGAGCCGCCGCACCAUCUGUGUGAAGACCCAUGAGAGUGGCAGGAAGGAGAUUGAGAUGUUUGACUCCGCCAUCCUGCUGAUCCGGAACCCCUACAGAUCCCUGGUGGCCGAGUUCAACAGAAAGUGUGCCGGACACCUGGGCUACGCAGCUGACCGCAACUGGAAGAGUAAAGAGUGGCCGGACUUCGUCAACAGCUACGCGUCCUGGUGGUCCUCACACGUGCUGGACUGGCUCAAGUACGGGAAGCGGCUGCUGGUGGUGCACUAUGAGGAGCUGCGGCGCAGCCUGGUGCCCACGCUGCGGGAGAUGGCCGCCUUCCUCAACGUGUCGGUGAGCGAGGAGCGGCUGCUGUGUGUGGAGAACAACAAGGAGGGCAGCUUCCGGCGGCGUGGCCGGCACCCGCACGACCCCGAGCCCUUUACCCCAGAGAUGAAGGACUUGAUCAAUGGCUACAUCCGGACAGUAGACAAGGCCCUGCGUGACCACAACUGGGCCGGGCUGCCUAGGGAGUAUGUGCCCAGAUGAUAGGCCUGGCCCUCUGCCCUCCCACUGAGAGCAGGGCACCCCACCAGGCUGCGCCCACACUCAGGCCAAGCUGGAGGCCACACCUGGGCUGGACAACAGGGAGGCUGCUGGGAAGCUGCUUCCCUCACUUUCAGGGAGACCCGGACACGAGCCGUCAGUCCACCCAGGCGGACACAGUGUUGUAGGACAGACAACUGCGAGCUCUCACAGAGACUCCACACUCACAGUGCCCGUAUCGACACACCUGAGUCACUGCGCAGGGUGUACCAGGCGCUCCCAGGCUGGCAAAGGCAUUUCACGUGGAAGCAGGCACGCAGAUGCCGGGUGGGCGCCGCUGCGGCUGGCACACACAGGCACACGUGCACCCCGGGCUCACGGGGGCCUCCUCUCCUGCCUGCAGCCCGCUGCCACUUGCUCAUCAGGUCCUUGACUACAGAGGAUGGGCUGGGCGGGUGUUGGUGCUGUGAGGGGCGAGGACGUCAGCAUGGGGUGGGACCAUGGACCACUGCUGCUGGGCCCUGUAGCCCAGCCGAGUGUCUGACACCUCAUAAAUGUGUGUGGUGUGACCACCAGGCACCACUAACUGCAGCCCUGGCCCACUUCUUUGCUGAUAGACCAGCGGCACUGAGGGUAAUGUGCCCCCACUUAAACACACCAACCCCAGGACCUGCCACAGUUCUGUGAACCCCCUGUCACCCCUUCUAACAUGAGCGCUUCUUGGAGUGGGGCUUCCUUGCCUGGCUUCUUCUGUCCCCAGGAAAGCUGGGGCUUCACAACAUGCCCCAAACCAGGGUGUGUGGGACAGAGGACAGCGAUGGGGUAGGCCACCAGGGAUGCCUGAGAUGUGAGGGGUACAUAUGCCAGAAGGCGUGGGCUGGCCUGGGGACGGUGUGGAGGUCCCAGGAGGAAGGGGGUUUGGGGGUUGCUGUGGCUCCUUACACCACCCAUCUCAACAGGUCCCUGUUCUCCAUGGGUUCUGCUCUGGGGUCAUGAGGACGGGGGACUGCAUGGCCCAUUAAUGUGACCCUUGAAAGAGAGACUGUGGCCUGGGCUUUUGCCCGAUGCCCUGCCUCUGUGUCCCCUUGUCACUUCCUGUCACCAGCGUCUUUACCACACCCUGCUCUAUUUCCGCGAGACUGACAUCUUCACUACUCUUCACCCAUUUCCUCAGCUAAAGGAGAAGGGCCCUCACAGAUGUCCUGCCUGCUGUGUGCAGGCUGUGAGGACAAGACAGAUAGGGAAGACCCCCCCACUCCCCACUCUCCCACCCCCAGCUCACAGUCUAGGGGUUGCCCCAGUGCUGGGUGAAUUCACAGGGGGUCGCCCCUGGGCCAGGGGAAAUUGAGAAGUUACAGGAAUUACAGCAAAGCCAGGGAGGAUUCUGGUGCGAGGUGGAGGGGGAGGUGAUGACAACUGAGGCAGAGAGAACAACAUGUGCAAAAGCUCAGAGCUUGGGAAGCCCUGAGGUGGUGUUGCAGAACAGGUAAAUGGGGCGUGUGUCUCUGAGUCUGCAGCGGGAGCAGGGGCAUGGGUGGGCCAGGACACACAAGGGAAUGCUGUCCCUGUCCAUACGGUCACUUAGUGAUUCGUCAGCCUGGGAGGUUACAGAGAUGCUGGUCCCAAUGACCUUCUUAGGUCUACCUUCACUACCUGUCUUAGGCUCAGAGUGAAACAAGACCAGGGGCUCUGAUCUGGACAUGGAGGUGGCUCUGGGAGCACAGCCCAGGGUGACCAAGAUGUAGGGAGGCGGCCAAGCACUCAGUUGUCCCAUGACCUUCAAGUGGGAGGAGGGUGGUGGGGCAGGACUUGGACGCCUCUGGGCCCUUCUGCAGUUGCUGUAGGUCUGGGUGACCCUGCUGGGUCCUUGGCUCCUGCCAAGCUGCUUCAAAAGGAGAAAACAAGGUGAGAGUUGGGAAAACUCAGCAAGGGGUUCCCUGACCCUUGCUCCCUGGCCAGCAAUGGGGAGCUGAGCACCACCCCUGUGAGGGCAGACAGGGCUUGAAGGCCGGCGGGGAUGUCCUACCCCAGAGAGAUGCCUCCUCAGCCUUCGGUUCUCACAAUGAAUGGACUUGAGCAUCUGUGGCCCUGGAGACCUCCACGUCCUUCCUAAGUUUCCCCCAAGCCCAAACUACCAUCACCGCUGUCUCGGACAUUGCUUGGCUCAGCUCCCAUGGCAUCGCUUGGCUCAGCUCCCAUGGCAUCGCUUGGCUCAGCUCCAAGCCAGAUACUCCAGGUUCUUUGUCAACAUUUAUUGGUGCAGCAAGGCUCCGGGGUCAAUGCCCUGAUGAGGCCAUUUCUCCUGAGCUGCAGCUGCAGUUGAGACCCAGGAGGUGCUUCCACGCCGCAUGGAAGGGGGUGCAGGGGAUGCCGGCAUCCCAGAGCAGACCUGUAGUCUCAAAGGAGCUCAUGGCACCGAGUGAUGGGGUAUAGGGAGGCUGGCCUCCCGGAUUCUGGCUCCCUAUUUCUGGUCCUCACUCUUCUGACCACCCAGACAGCCCUUGGGGAGAAGGCACAGAAACAUAUAGGCUGGGGAGAGCGGAGGCGUGCCUGGAGAAUUGACUGGGACUGAAGCUGGGGCACCAUCCCCUGGGCUCCUCCUACCAGGAGGGCAACCCACCAGCUGGCUCCUCCUGGUAGAUGGGUGGGGACAUUCCCUACUGCCGGUUACCUGGAGAACUCCUCUCCUCCCAGGUGGAGUGCCACCUUGCAGCUUGGCCUUGCAGCUCCCUGUGCAGCUUAGCCAGGCAUGCUGGUGAGUAGUGUGACAGGGUCAAGUUGCCUAACUCGUACAUCAAGUUAGUCCAUAUAGUCAGACACCUGGUACCCAACAAGGAGAUGCAAAGGCCAUGGGGCUGACAUCACCCAGGUGACUCCUGUCUCUGUGGGGGAUCUCAGAAGCACAGGAGGGAGUCUGUCUGUCCUUUGGGGAGAGCUCAUUUGUCCCUCCUCAAGCUAGGUCUCAUCUAUAGCUGUCAGCUUUUCCUUAAAGGGAAUACUGUUCCAAGCAUCCAGGGAGUAAAUCUGUGGAUGGGGAGAAGCAUGGCCAAUGCAUCAGGAACCAAUCAAAACAGAACAGUAAAACCCUGACUGUCUACAGACUCCAACUUUGCUAGCAAGGCUGCAGAGUUACACAGACCUGUGUUUGAACAUGUAAUUUUCAUGGAUUUCAUCUCCCGUUAUGGAUCAAUUUGGAAAAACCAAAAUAUAUAAUUUAAAGAAACUAAAACACACUAUGAUAAUCUCAGUGAUGUGUAAAUGAGAGAGAAGAAUAGACAGGCUUCCAAACCCUGGGAAGAAAGCCGCUUAAUGAUGUGAACAUCUUAUGAAGUCUCUUGCAGCUAAAAUUAGAUUUUGAGUGCAUGAAUAUGCAAUAAUGUUUGCACACCAGAAUGCAUUUUUCCCUUAAAAGUGACAGGAGUCAUUUGGUUCUUGGGGGCCCAAAAUGGGAGAUGGAAGAGCCGAACUUGAGCCUUAUGCUGCAAGAAUUCAUGGGGCAUAGGCUUGUUUUCUUUUGAUUGGAACUCCUUGGAGGCGCUUAGAAUGUGAUGCCUCCAAAGUGGUCCCUUCCUAUUUAGGGAGAAAUUAUUCUGAACCCCCACUCAUUACCACUCAAUAUGGGAAGAGUUCACCUGAGCAAGGUAGAAGUAGAAUAGGGGCUACAGAUGAAGGGCUUCAUGAUGGUCCCAGCUCUGGUCUACUACGACCUUGAACAAAGCCUUUGCUCUCUCUGGUCUCAGCUUUUCAUCCACACCAGGAGGGAUGGGGUAGAGAUAUUGUUGAUUGUGUCCCCAAUGCGCAAUCCCCCAUUUCCUUUCCCAGCAGACCUUGAUUUUUGUUUGGGGGUUUCAUGAUGUGGCAGAGCUGAUUCUAACACUUCCAGGAGUGAACACACGAUCUGGAUUAAGUCAACAGCACAUUCCAUCUCCGGUCAGAUGUGGCGAUGCGAGCCAAGGCAGUGCAGCCGGAGGCAAUUUCAACAGUCUUUCUGGGAAUGUCUUUAUUCCGCCUGCUGCAUGUCAAAGUGGAAGCAGGUUGUCCUGGGUCCUGGUGGUGGCCGUCUUGGACAUGCAGGGGGGCCACUCUCAGCAUGAAGCCAACCCUACUGAAGGGAGUGUGAAAAGAAAGGAAGAUACCAGGUCCUUGUGACUUUGGUCCAGGGCAAAGCUUUGCCUGCGACUGGCUCUACCUCUGGACACUUUUGUUACAUGAGCCAAUAAAUUCCCUUUAUUGCCCAAAGAGGGUUGAGUUGAGUUUUUGUUACUUAUAGCCCAGAGC